CAUUCUGACAAUGCGAUCAGCGGCCCCCUACUUUCCCUUUUACACCUGUGAAUUUUACUUUGAAAUCAAAACUGAUUCAUGGCUUCUUCCGCUAAUUCUAGGCUCGAAAUCCUCACUCGACACUUAACUUCGGCAGCUUUUGCCUCUAAGGCUGGCUCUGAUGGUGAAAAUUUGGAGUGGAUUAAGAUAUCACCUGAGGUAUCAGAAGCACUAAAAACUGGCAGCCCAAUUGUUGCACUUGAAUCCACCAUAAUAUCUCAUGGAAUGCCUUAUCCUCAGAAUUUUGAGACAGCUAAGGAGUUGGAGGUCAUUGUGAGGAAGAAUGGAGCUGUACCUGCAACUAUCGCUAUUCUGGAUGGUGUACCAUGCAUAGGCUUGACUACAGAAGAACUAGAGAUUUUAGCACGCCUUGGUAGCAAAGCUCGGAAAACUGCUAGUAGAGACAUUGCAGUUGUUAUGGCAGGCAGGGAGAAUGGAGCAACUACUGUCUCUGCAACAAUGUAUCUUGCUUCAGUGGUUGGUAUUCCAAUAUUUGUCACUGGUGGUAUUGGAGGAGUUCACAGACAUGGAGAGAACACAUUGGAUAUUUCGUCUGAUCUCACCGAGCUUGGAAUUACUCCUGUGGCUGUGAUCUCUGCUGGUGUAAAAUCGAUACUAGAUAUUCCCCGAACACUUGAAUAUUUGGAAACUCAAAGAGUUACUGUUGCAGCUUAUCAAACCGAUGAGUUCCCUGCUUUCUUCACACAAACCAGUGGCUGCAAGGCACCUGCUCGAGUAGAAUCGCCAGAACAUUGUGCUCGAGUUAUAGAUGCAAACAUAAGACUUGAGCGGAAGAGUGGAAUAUUGAUAGCAGUCCCCAUUCCAAGGGAGCAUUCUGCUUCUGGACAUUUGAUUGAGUCGGCAAUACAGCAAGCUCUCCAAGAAGCACGAGAGAAGAAGAUAAGUGGCAAUGCGGAAACUCCAUUCUUGCUUGCAAGAGUGAACGAACUUACUGGUGGAGCAUCUCUGGCUUCAAACAUUGCCCUCGUGAAAAAUAAUGCCUCUGUUGGUGCUAAAAUUGCUGUUUCGCUGACCCAGCUUCAAAAGCAUAGUGGUAAAAGGUUGUAACACUUGGCUUUCGCUCAUUGUUCAAGAUUCCUCACUGCUGCCCCCGUGGGAGUCCGGACUGUGUCUCAAUGCCAGUGUGGCUGAUCAUCCGAAAAGAUAUUUGCCCUUCUCCCUAUGAUUUCAGCUAAGCACUUUAAGCUCCGAGUCUGAAGGAAGCAUGUCAUCAGCGAUAUAAGCUUGUCUUUGCUCCGUUGGGAGUACUUUCCCCAAUGAUCCCCAUGUAUAGAGAAGUUAAAGACGGUCUCCUGGCUGAUCAGGUGGUUGAGUGUGUGCGCGCCUAUAUAUAUAUAGGCGUGUCGUGUGUGUAGAAUGUUAAAUGGCCUCUGAGCCUAUGUCUAUCCCAUUUGACUAGCAUUGAUCAAACCAUUUGAGAGAUAAUGCUUUAACCUUUUACCUAUCUUCAAGAGAAUGAACCUCAAGUUUGUUUUUCCUAA